AUGUCGCAACACGGCUACGGCGAGUCCGACAACCGGACCGAUUGCCAGAGAAAGAGGAAGGAAUCAUUACCUGAACCUCAGCUGUGGUCCGUGUUCAUCGAUGUCCCAGCCGAUGAGUUAUCGCAAUUCGACUUCUGGGUCGAGUAUGCUGCAGCAUCAUAUUGUCACGACAACUAUGUCGCCAAAACUGGAGACAAGUUGACUUGUUGGGCAAACAACUGUCCCCAGGUUGAACAGGCCGAUACAGAGAUCCUAUACGAUUUUUCCAAUACCACCAUCACCGAUACCUCCGGCUUCGUCGCACUAGACUCAACUACCAAGGCAAUCGUCGUCGCCUUCCGUGGCUCGUACUCGGUGCGCAACUGGAUAGCCGACGCGACCUUUAUCUACACCGACCCAAAGCUUUGCGACGGGUGCCUCGCGGAACUUGGCUUCUGGAGUUCAUGGAUCCUAGUCCGUGACUCUAUCAUGGAGACUUUGAAUCACACCGUGUCCGAACACCCUGAUUAUGAAGUGGUCGUAGUAGGCCACAGCCUGGGAGCCGCAGUAGCCACACUCGCCGCAGCUGAUAUCCGGACCAAAGGCCACCCCUCAGCCAAAUUAUACGCCUAUGCCUCACCACGCGUGGCUAACCCCGCCCUAGCCAAACACAUCACAGCGCAGGAUGGCAACUAUCGAUUCUCACAUAUCGACGACCCCGUACCUAAGCUGCCCUUGCUGAGUAUGGGUUAUGUGCAUGUCAGUCCGGAGUAUUAUAUCAGCUCCGCCACCAAUGCUACCGUUCACACUGGAGAUAUUGAGGUGUUGGAAGGCGAGGUCAACUUCCAGGGGAAUACGGGGACGGGGCCGCCAUCGUUGACAGCUUUUCCGGCUCAUAAUUGGUAUUUUGGGAAGACGGAUGGGUGUAAGGGGCCUGGUCUGCCACUUUAA